AUGUCGGAACCAGUCGAGAGAAUCGACAAGAGAAAGGUCAAGUUUAAUUUAAUGCGUCAGGAAAACAAAAAUAAAAACGAAACCAAAGUCGAUGACACCCAAGGAGUAGAUGAAACCCAAUUGCGAGGCCACAAAAUCAGGGACAUCUUCCACUCAGGUGGUCAAUCGACCAGUAAAG